AUGGUGAAUCACGAAGUAAUGAUUCUUGGUUCAAGUUCAAUGACGAAAUUGAGGGCUUGUGAAGGUAAACGGAAUGAUGAUGAGUUGGACAAUGAAGACAUGUAUGAAGAAGAUGAUGAUUAUAUUGCAAGUGAAGAGGAAGACGGCGAUGAUAGUUACUUUGAUGAUAGUGGAGUGGAUGAGUGUGUUGAUUUGAGUAUGCCAAAUCAUUGGAUACUCCUACAACUGCAGCGGAUUUUCAAGAAGAGCACUAUGAAGAUUCUGAUGAUUUACAUACUCCCAGAGAGUGAAGAUGAAGAGCUUGGUAAAAACUAUCUAAUUUUUAAGAUGGGUGAUGGGAAUGCCCAUGUUAAGCUUGAAAAGGGUUUGAAGUUCAACAAUAAAAAGCAAGCAAAGGAUGCAAUUGAAAAGUAUGCAUUGGAGACUAGGAAAAAUCUGUGCCUCAAGAAAAAUAAAAAAGAAUACUUGGUUGUAAAAUGUAUGCCUGAUUACCCUUUUCAUUUGAGGAUUAGUAAGAGGAGUGCAAAUGAUUUUUGGCAGUACACUCCGGCAUUCUCCUUAAUGAAAGUGAAAGCGUUGAAGAGGUUGGCUGCUGAGCAAUGGAGUGUGAAGUUGUCACAUGAUCAAGUAUAUAGAUCCAAGUUAAGGGCACUAGAAAUCAUUCAAGGAGCUGGUCGUGAUCAAUUCUUAUAUCUCAGGAGCUAUGCGGAGGAGUUGAGAAGGUCCAAUCCCAAUAGUACUGUUAUUAUUAAGUGUGAUAUGGCUGAUGUGGGUCCUAUUUUCCAGAGAAUUUAUGUAUGUCCAGAGGCAUGUAAGGCAGCCUUUGCAUACACAUGUAGGCCUCUCAUUGGGUUAUAUGCUUGCUUUUUGAAAGGAGAACAUGGAGGACAAUUGAUGGCAGUUGUUGGUAAAGACGCAAACAACCAAAUGUUUCCCAUUGCUUAUGCCGUUGUAGAAGCAGAAACAAAAGAUUCAUGGGAGUGGUUUCUGAAUCUAUUACUUGAAGAUCUACAAACUAUACAACACAAGCAAUAUGCAUUCAUCUCAGAUAAGCAGAAGGGUUUGGUUCCGGCAAUUCAAAACCUUGGUAGUCAUGUAGAGCAUAGGCUAUGUGUGAAGCACCUUUAUGCUAAUUUUAAGAAAAGAUAUCCUGGAUUGGAUUUAAAGGAAGUGUUUUGGAUGGCAGGAAGGGCUACAACUGUUCCAGUAUGGGAGAGAGCAAUGAAUCAAAUGAAAUUAAUUAACGACAAAGCUUGGGAAUACAUGAAUAAGAAUUGGGCACCUGCAAUGUGGACUAGAUCUCAUUUUAAGAUGGAUACACAAUCAGACUUACAAGUUAACAACAUUUGUGAGGCAUUUAACCGGCCAAUAUUGUAGUAUAGAGAUAAACACAUUAUCACUCUUCUAGAAGGAAUUAAGCACUACCUCACAAAAAGAACUGAAGCCCAGAAGGAUCUCAUGCAAAGAUAUAGAGGGAAUAUAUGUCCUAUAAUCCAACUACAACUUGAAAAAGCAAAGAAGGUAGUUGAUGGAUGGGAACCAACUUGGCAUUUUGAUGAUGAGUAUGCCAUAUUUAGCGUGACAAAUGGAACUGACACAUAUAUUGUGAAUUUAGCCCAAAAAUCAUGUGACCGUAGGAAAUGGGGUUUAACAGGCAUCCCAUGUUGCCAUGCUAUUGCAUGCAUGGGGUAUCACAAAAAAGAACCCAAAGAUUUUGUUUCCUGGUAUUAUAGGUAAUAAAUUUAGUUUGGAUUCGUAUCAUUAAUAUUUUACUUCUUAUAUGUAUUAAUUGAUGAGCACAUUUGGUUUCAGGAAGAGUACUUUCAUGGCUACUUAUUCUCACAUUAUUUUGCCAACAAAUGGUCCCCAACUAUGGCCUAUAUCAACAACAGAGCCAAUCAACCCACCAGCUGAGAGAAGAACUAUAGGUCGCCCCAAAAAGAAUAGAAACAAGGCUAAUGAUGAGCCAAAAAAUCCACAUAUAUUACCUAGAGAUUUACCAACAGUGAAAUGUACAAAAUGUAGAAAGAUGGGUCAUAAUAGGAGGACAUGUGGAGGAAAUCGAGUGCUCCCAAAAGGUGGAAAUAAG